AUGUCUGGCCACGACCCCAGAGCGAGUGAGAAUGAAGUGUUCAUGCGAAGCAUCACUCAUGCUCGGUCGUCGCUGCCUCGGCAGCCUUGGGAACAGCCGGCUAUGCUGUGCAUCUUCGAUCCAUUGAAGGCGGCUUUCCCUCAGGGCUUGAACUUACCUUAUCAGGGAGUGGUCCCGGCUUCGUCUGUUCCUCAGCCGGCAACACAACUUUCAGAUUCCGGGAAUCCGGUGACGUGUCAGGCCUGGACUCGUGCAGUCAAGGCAAAAAGAGGGCCUAGGGCCGCGGAUCGUCGUGAUGAGGCGUACCGCCGGGUCCUCACAUUACUUCAUGCCUUUUCGAGUUUCUUCGACCUGUGUACUUUGAUGGCAGAUGACGAGGAGGACGGCCCGGAUUCUGUCCAGGCCGUUUUGGCAGGGAAAUCACCGAACACCAUCUUGAAACAUUUGGGUCCGGUUCGGACUUUUUGCGAGUGGCCUUUGAAAGCAAGUCAGACUCCGCCUUUUGCGGAAAAAGUUUUGUGGUCUUUCAUUCAUUGUGUCCUCAAGAUGCCUAAGACCGCGGCCACCACACUGGACAGUAGUCUGCGUGCUAUCAAGUGGAGUUAUUAUACCUUGGGACUACGUGUUCAACUAGAGGUCUUCAGCAGCCCUCGAAUUCAUGGUGUGGUGAAGAAGGCGUUACAAACUAAAAACCCGUGGUGCCCGGCGUCACCCCUCAAGGUGUCCGAAGUUCUCCAACUGCAUGUGAUCUGUUGUGAUCCCUCUAUUUCUGUCAUUGAUAGAUGCGGGGCGGCGCAUUUCCUUGCCAUGCUCUAUGCGAGGGCACGGGCAUCGGACAUCCGAUGUGUCAAACGUAUUUUGAUAGAUGUGCACAACGAGGACUGGAGUUCCGGUUUCAUUGAGUUAGGGACGCUGGAGCACAAGACGUCUAGGCUGGACACUCAGCGACGUCGUAUAUUGCCUCUGGUGAUUCCUGGCCAGGGUAUUGCCAAAACCCCUUUUGGUCAGCUCCUCCUGGACAUUAGGGCUGAGGCCGGUUUGCCGAAUGAUCAGGCGGAUGUUCCAUUUUUGCCGGCGCCUCUGCCGGAUGGAUCGUGGUCCUCCGACCCGCUGUCUAGUAGCGAAAUCACCAGGUGGCUGAGGUAUUUACUGCCACGUCCAUCGACGGAACAGGCCGUGAGUUCGCACUCGUUGAAGGUUACCUCACUUGUUUGGUGUAGCAAAUUUGGGAUGCUUCGCGAAACUAAGCGAGUUCUAGGCCAUCACUCGGAUGCUGCGACUGGCAGCGAUGCAGUUUAUGGACGUGAGUUGCAGAGUGCGGCACUGCGUGAGUAUGUUGUCGUGCUGGAUGCAGUCGCGACGGGUAAAUUCUUGCCAGACCAGACUCGUUCGGGUCAUUUCGCGUCAGGUUGGACUCGGGAAUCUAUCCUGCAGGCAGCUGCUUUUCCACAGGACUCGGAAGUCCUGGAGGAUGAUCAAGAUGAGGCUUUGGCUGUGGUUUCUGAUGUUUCAGACUCUGAUGAAGAAGCCCCGGAGGAACAAUCCUUCUGGGCUCAUCCGACUAGCCAGGUUCUACAUCGCACGACUUUGGGGUAUUUAGCCAUGACGAGUUCCGUAGAUUCGGCGCCUUUCUUUGUGCAGCGAGCAGAUGAAAUCUCGCUCGCCAAGCGAGUAGUGGAUGCCUUGAAAGGUAAAGGGGUGUCUACUUUGGCCCAGCUGGCCUUCUGUGUCGGACAACCGGGACAGGUGUUAUCUCAGACUGAGUUUGACACGUGGAGCGAGGCCUUGUUGGUAGGCAUCACAGUGGGCGAGAAGGCGUCUUUAAGGCGCCUGAUCUUGGAAGCUCAGACCAUGCUGGUGGCUUCUUUGAAGGAUUUGGCAGAACCGGCUGAACACGCCUCCCCUAAAAAGGUGGGGGUAGCCGAGCGGAAUGCUCGCAUGGAUCAGCUCCGGACUCAGCUCGCCGGAGUUUCACUUACUGGACAACUUGAGCCGAGUCAUGCAUUACUUGACAUGGCCGUUCAGCAGUGGGAGAGUCGGUGCCUGAAGUACAUCGGUCCAGAGAAAUGUCAUAGCCGUGAGGAUGAGGUUCAGAACGUCAAGCCUUUGACCACCAGUCUGUCCUUGGAAGGCGGUAAGUUGAAGGUUACGGAGGCUGCUGGUAUGGAUGAUCGCGAUAUUGAGGGCUCUUUGCAAGUCCUUAAUGCCUUGCGCCGCAGAGGAGUGGCUUAUGCAUUUGCUCGCUUGAUCAGUUGGGAAAGACAUGAAGCUUAUGUUUCGUCUUUGUUCAGGUAUUUGACCAAGCCUGCUCAGCCUGGUUACAGGAAGGUGUCUCUUCGUCAGAUCUUGCGGGCUGAUAAGCUUGCCUUUUCCAAGUUGUCCGAGGCAGGUGAGGACAUCCGAGCAGAUGCUUCUGGCAUUCUUCCGCUCGAUUCCGCGAUCGGGGCUAUUCUUCACGAUUACGACUUAAUUGUUGCUCUUUUGCCUAUGGGGGAUUUGGAUGGUAAGGGCAAGAAUGCUAAUGGCCGUGGCGGGCGCCCGGGUCCUUACGGUGAUGCUGCGCCCUGGAAGGGGAAGAAUGGCAAAGGUAAGGGCGGUUGGAACUCCAAAGGCUCUGAUUAUUGGACAGGGAAAGGCAAGAACACCUGGCAAGCUAAGGGCAAGUCGCCUAAGGGCAAAGGCUCGGGGGCCGGUAAGCCGGAAUGGUUGCCUGAGGGACUUCGCUUCCAGGGAGCCUCUGCAUGGAAUCAUAAAGGCAACAAGGUCUGUUACGGCUUCAACCUUGGCACUUGUUCGGAUGCAAACUGCCAGAAGGGCGAUCAUACUUGCUGCAUCUUCAAAUGCGGCGGUGACCACCCGGUGGGUAAGUGUCCUUUGAAGCCUAAGAAGCUGUGA